UCUGACCACUUUGCUCAGCACAGAAGAGCAGCCACACAGAAAAAAAAGUUCAAAUCAACUCAGAGCAGAGGAGGGAGGAGAGACGGGAGAGAAAACGCCCUGGAAACUUUGGUUGAGAAAUAGGAAAAGAGUGACUGAAUCCUAACAGACUGCAGAGCUGUGACUGGAAGAAGUGCUUUACUUGUGAGAAGGGGAUAGGACACGUUUUCAAGGAUGCUCAAGUUGGUGUGAGGCUUCUUGGGCGCAAAGACUGCGCACAGAAGCCAAGAGAACAAGAACCACAGCAUCUGACUGUAGGCCUUGGCCUUGCUUGAGCAAUCCAAGGAAAACAAAGAUUGAGUUUUCAACACACCGGGACUAUAGAGGAAAGACAAAUCAAGAUGGCUGAAGAGGAGGAGACCAGAGAGGUGCUCUUUCAAGAUUGGGAGGGUCCAGACAAAUCUGGCUUUACAAUUGAACAGACAGGUGGAGAGAUCUUUGUUGGGGAGGUUAAAGGAGAGUCACCUGCAGCACGUUCUGGAAAAGUAUAUGAAGGUGACCAGAUUGUCGGCGCCACAGUAUACUUUGAUAACAUGAGCUCAGAAGAAACAGCUGAGCUACUAAAGACAUUGAACCGUCACAAAGUUGGACUGAAGCUGCAAAACAAAGGAGACAAAUCCCCUUGCUGCUCGCCCUUGAGCACACCAUGUCGUUCACCAAUCGGCACCCUGACAUGGGAAGGAAAGACCCGGUUUGGAGGUUCCACUCCAGACAUCAUCCUUGGUGGGGAGGAUGAAGACUACAAAAGAAUAUACACAAAAAAGAUUAAACCCAGGCUGAAGUCUGAAGACCUUGCAGAAGGCGUAGAUGUUCGCACAGAGCGCCAUAGCAGCACAAGCAGCGAUGGAAGCACAAUUACUACCGUCACCCGCCGCAUCACGACCUACACUGUGGAUAUGCCGGGCGGCAUAAGUGAGCAACUUGAACUUUCAAGCCCAGAGUUCAAGGGGCUAAAGCAAGAAUCUGGUGAUGGCUCUUCUCAUACCAUAAUCUCACAUGGCAGCCCUGCAGGUAAAGUGGGAGCAGAGGGGAACGUUUUUGACUCAAGCAAUGUCUCUUACACUGGGCCACAAGUUGACUCCAUAGAGACACGCUGGGGCACUGGGGGAGUUCAGACCACAAGAACUUCAGGAGAGGUAGAAGGUCUCAGAUUUAAAGGGCCUAACUUUGGAGGAUCAGGGAGCCAGGGGGGCUGUGAGAUUUCAAGUCGGAGUGGAGAGCAAGUUGAUGGAGGCAUGCAGGUGUUAGGAACAAGCAUGACAGUAAGAGACAGCGCAAACACCGAUAAGCAUGUUGCAAUAGGAGGGUUCGGGGGUGGAGAUGAGAAUGGAGGGUUAACUAAUCUGUCUUCACCAGGAAAGAGCAUGAAGAUUUCGACUUCAUCCAUGUUUAAAACACAGGAGGGAAGUGUUGACACCAGUUUAGGUGAGAAGAAAAAGUUUAAGGUAUCUGAAAUCAGUUACCAGCAGGCAAAGGGAUCAGGCCGUUUGGACAAUUCGAAUGUCCGACUUGAAGGAGGUUCCAUAUGUGUUGAUAAUGUAUUGAGCGAUAGCAGGAUAGGAGGAUCGGCAAUACAAAAAGGCAAUGUCACCUCUGGAUUUUCAUCAGGGCCAGGAAAGAUUUCAAUGGCAGGGGUGGAUGUCGACCUUACAGGUUCAAAGUUGAAAGGCGAGCUUGAUGUUGAACUGCCAAGCACAAAGGUUCAAAUUCCAUCCCUAUCUGGGCCAAAUAAAGAUGUAAACCCAAGGGGUUCCAAAGUAGAGGGGAAUAUUGAUGUUACAGUGACUGAGGGAGGAAUAAAGACAGACAACAUAGACAUUAAAAGUCCCACUUUUAAUAUUAAGGAGAAAGAAAGAGAUUCAAAAAUGCCUCAGAUAAAGAUAUCAUCAUUUGGAGUCAAGGGAACAAAAGUUGGUGUAAAAACCUCUGGGGUUGACAUUGAAGGACCAGAAAUUGAUGGUGGGAAGUCUGAUGUAAAAGUGGAAGGAGCGAAAAUCAAGAUGCAAUCAUUUGGCUUCACAGGUCAGAAGGUGGAAGCUUCAGAUGUUGAUGUAAAACUUGCCAAACCUGAAAUUGAUGUCAGGGUACCUGAGGUUGAUAUCAACGCAUCCAAAGUUAAUGUUAAAAGCCCAUAUGUAGACAUUAAUGCUUCCAAAGUGGAUAUUGACUAUGAGGGACCUCGAGGUGGAUUUAACCAGUCGAAAUGUACAAUGCCAUCCAUUGGCAUGAAAAGUCAGGAACUGGAAGCUCCCAAAAUAAAAGGGAAUGUGGACGUGUCAGUGCCAAAGAUAUUUGGGUUGAAAGGUCCAAAACUGGAAGGUCCAGACGUUGAUGUUGACCUUCCUAAAGCUAACAUUGUUGUGAAAGCACCUGGAGUUGACAUUAAAGGUCCACAGGUUGAUAUUGAAGGGCCAAAGGGUGGAUUUGAAAUGCCAAAAACCAAAAUGCCAUCAUUUGGCCUCAAAGGUCCAAAAGUGGAGGGUCCAGAUGUUGAUGUUAACCUUUCUAAAGGUAACAUUGAUUUGAAAGCACCUGGAGUUGACAUUAAAGGUCCACAGGUUGAAAUGCCUAAAUUCAAAAUACCGUCCUUUGGCGUAAAAACUCCAAAUGUUGAAGGAUCAGAGGGUGAUGUCACCCUCUCAAAAGUUGACAUUGACAUGAAAGGACCAGAUUUUGACGACAAAAGUACAAGUGGUAAAAUCAGAGGACCAGCAUUCAAACUGCCCAGCAUUUCUGGACCAAAAAUUCCAGAUGUGGAUUUACACCUCAAAGGUCCCAAAGUCAAGGGGGAUGUAGAUGUGUCAUCUUCAAAAGUUGAAGGAGACAUUUUUGAUAUUAACCUGAAAGGCCCUAAAAUCAAAGGGGAUGUGAACGUGUCAGUGCCAAAGAUAUCAGCUGACAUACAAAGACCUGAAGUUAAAAUCAAAGGUCCAGGAGUUGACAUUGAAGGGCCAAAGGGUAGAUUUGAAAUGCCAAAACCCAAAAUGCCAUCAUUUGGGUUAAAAGGUACAAAAGUGGAGGGUCCAGACGUUGAUGUUAACCUUCCUAAAGCUGACAUUGAUGUGAAAGCACCUAAAGUUCACAUUGAAGGUCCACCAAUUGAUUUUGGAGGAGUAGAUGUUGAUGUUGAUGGCCAAAAAGGAACAUUCAAAAUGCCGAAAAUCCAAAUGCCAUCAUUUGGCUUGAAAGGUUCAAAAGUGGAGGGUCCAGACAUUGAUAUUAAACUUCCCAAAGCUGAAAUUGAUGUUAAAGGACCCAAAGUUGACCUCAAAGGACUAGAUGUCAAUGUUGAAGGUCCUGAUGCAAAAUUAAAAGGAUCCAAAAUCAAUCUGCCCGGCAUUUCUAGACCGAAAGUUCCCAUGCCAGAUGUGGAUAUCAACCUCAAAAAACCCAAACUCAAAGGCGAUGUGGACAUGUCAAUGCCAAAGAUAAAAGGAGACAUAAACAGACCUGAAGUUGACAUCAAAUGUCCAGAUGUUGACAUUGAAGGGCCAAAGGGUAGAUUUGAAAUGCCUAACAUCAAAAUGCCAUCGUUUGGCUUGAAAGGUCCAAAAGUGGAGGGUCAAGACAUUAAUAUUAACCUUCCCAAAGCUGAUAUUGAUGUUAAUGCCCCUCACUUGGAUAUUAAAGGAGGUCACAAAUUAAAAAUGCCAACCAUGUCAGGACCAAAUCUCUCGAUGCCAGAUGUUGAUUUGACCCUGAAAGGCCCCAAACUCAAAGGCGAUAUGGACAUGUCAAUGCCAAAGAUAAAAGGAGACAUACAAACGCCUGAAGUUGACAUUACAGGUCCAGCGGUUGAUAUUGAAGGGACACAGAGUAGCUUUAAAAUGCCUCACAUCAAAAUGCCAUCAUGGAACAUCAAAGGUUCCAAGUGUGAAGGUCCAGAAGUUGAUAUAAACCUCCCUGAAGCGAACAUUGAUGUUAAAACACCUGAUGUUGACAUUAAAGGUCCAGCAGUUGAUGUUGAAGGGCCAAAAGGUGGCUUUGAAAUGCCGAAAAUCAAAAUGCCAUCAUUUGGCUUGAAAGGACCAAAAGUGGAGGGUCCAGACAUUAAUAUUAACCUUCCCAAAGCUGAAAUUGAUGUUAAUGCCCCUCACUUGGAUAUUAAAGGACCAGAUGUCGACAUUGAAAGUCCAAGUGGUAAAAUCAAAGGUCACAAAUUCAAAAUGCCAACCAUUUCAGGACCGAAUCUCUCGAUGCCAAAUGUUGAUUUUAACCUGAAAGGCCCCAAACUCAAAGGCGAUGUGGACAUGUCAAUGCCAAAGAUAAAAGGAGACAUAAAAACACCUGAAGUUGACAUCAAUUGUCCAGAUGUUGACAUUGAAGGGACAAAGAGUAGCUUUAAAAUGCCUAACAUCCAAAUGCCAUCAUGGAACAUCAAAGGUCCAAAGCUUGAAGGUCCAGAAGUUGAUAUAAACCUUCCUGAAGCGAACAUUGAUGUUAAAACACCGGAUGUUGACAUUAAAGGGCCCAACAUAAAGGGAGAUCUGGAUUUCUCCGUUCCAAAGAUUAAGGGUAACAUCAAAUCUCCCAAGAUGGAUAUUGAAGGACCAGAAGUUGACAUUGAUGGCGACAAAGGAAGAUUCAAAAUGCCUACAUUUAAAAUGCCAUCCUUUGGGUUGAAAGGGCCACAUGCUGAAGGACCAGACAUUGAUGUCAGCAUCCCAACAGCUGAAAUUGAUGUUAAUGCGCCACACUUGGAUAUUAAAGGACCAGAUGUCGACAUUGAAAGUCCAAGUGGUAAAAUCAAAGGUCACACAUUCAAAAUGCCAACCAUUUCAGGACCAAAUCUCUCCAUGCCAAAUGUUGAUUUUAACCUGAAAGGCCCCAAACUCAAAGGUGAUUUGGACAUGUCAAUGCCAAAGAUAAAAGGAGACAUAAAAACACCCGAUGUUGACAUUAAAGGUCCGGCGGUUGAUGUUGAAGGGCCAAAAGGAGGCUUUGAAAUGCCGAAAAUCAAAAUGCCAUCGUUUGGCCUGAAAGGUCCAAAAGUGGAGGGUCCAGACAUUAAUAUUAACCUUCCCAAAGCUGAUAUUGAUGUUAAAGCGCCUGACUUGGACAUCAAAGGACCAGGUUUUGACAUUGAAAGUCCAAGUGGUAAAAUCAAAGGACAUACCUUCAAAAUGCCAACCAUUUCAGUGCCAAACAUCUCCAUGCCAAAUGUUGAUUUUAACCUGAAAGGCCCCAAACUCAAAGGCGAUGUGGACAUGUCAAUGCCAAAGAUAAAAGGAGACAUAAAAACACCUGAAGUUGACAUCAAAUGUCCAGAUGUUGACAUUGAAGGGACAAAGAGUGGCUUUAAAAUGCCUAACAUCCAAAUGCCAUCAUGGAACAUCAAAGGUCCAAAGUUUGAAGGUCCAGAAGUUGAUAUAAACCUUCCUGAAGCGAACAUUGAUGUUAAAACACCGGAUGUUGACAUUAAAGGGCCCAACAUAAAGGGAGAUCUGGAUUUCUCCGUUCCAAAGAUUAAGGGUAACAUAAAAGCUCCCAAGAUGGAUAUCGAAGGACCAGAAGUUGACUUUGAUGGCGACAAAGGAAGAUUCAAAAUGCCUACAUUCAAAAUGCCAUCCUUUGGGUUGAAAGGUCCACAUGCGGAAGGACCAGACAUUGAUGUCAGCAUCCCAACAGCUGAUAUUGGUGUUAAUGCACCUCACUUGGAUAUUAAAGGACCAGAUGUCAACAUUGAAAGUCCAAGUGGUAAAAUCAAAGGUCACACAUUCAAAAUGCCAACCAUUUCAGGACCAAAUCUCUCAAUGCCAAAUGUUGAUUUUAACCUGAAAGGCCCCAAACUCAAAGGCGAUGUGGACAUGUCAAUGCCAAAGAUAAAAGGAGACAUAAAAACACCUGAAGUUGACAUCAAAUGUCCAGAUGUUGAUAUUGAAGGGACAAAGAGUAGCUUUAAAAUGCCUCACAUCAAAAUGCCAUCAUGGAACAUCAAAGGUUCCAAGUGUGAAGGUCCAGAAGUUGAUAUAAACCUUCCUGAAGCGAACAUUGACGUUAAAACACCUGAUGUUGACAUUAAAGGUCCAGCGGUUGAUUUUGAAGGGCCAAAAGGUGGCUUUGAAAUGCCGAACAUCAAAAUGCCAUCAUUUGGUUUGAAAGGAUCAAAAGUGGAGGGUCCAGACAUUAAUAUUAACCUUCCCAAAGCUGAAAUUGAUGUUAAUGCGCCACACUUGGAUAUUAAAGGACCAGAUGUCGACAUUGAAAGUCCAAGUGGUAAAAUCAAAGGUCACAAAUUCAAAAUGCCAACCAUUUCAGGACCAAAUCUCUCAAUGCCAAAUGUUGAUUUUAACCUGAAAGGCCCCAAACUCAAAGGUGAUUUGGACAUGUCAAUGCCAAAGAUAAAAGGAGACAUAAAAACACCUGAUGUUGACAUUAAAGGUCCAGCAGUUGAUGUUGAAGGGCCAAAAGGUGGCUUUGAAAUGCCGAAAAUCAAAAUGCCAUCGUUUGGCCUGAAAGGUCCAAAAGUGGAGGGUCCAGACAUUAAUAUUAACCUUCCCAAAGCUGAUAUUGAUGUUAAAACGCCUGCCUUGGACAUCAAAGGACCAGGUUUUGACAUUGAAAGUCCAAGUGGUAAAAUCAAAGGACAUACCUUCAAAAUGCCAACCAUUUCAGGACCAAAUCUCUCGAUGCCAGAUGUUGAUUUUAACCUGAAAAGCCCCAAACUCAAAGGCGAUGUGGACAUGUCAAUGCCAAAGAUAAAAGGAGACAUACAAACACCUGAACUUGACAUCAAAUGUCCAGAUGUUGACAUUGAAGGGACAAAGAGUGGCUUUAAAAUGCCUAACAUCCAAAUGCCAUCAUGGAACAUCAAAGGUCCAAAGUUUGAAGGUCCAGAAGUUGAUAUAAACCUUCCUGAAGCGAACAUUGAUGUUAAAACACCGGAUGUUGACAUUAAAGGGCCCAACAUAAAGGGAGAUCUGGAUUUCUCCGUUCCAAAGAUGAAGGGUAACAUAAAAUCUCCCAAGAUGGAUAUUGAAGGACCAGAAGUUGACUUUGAUGGCGACAAAGGAAGAUUCAAAAUACCUACAUUUAAAAUGCCAUCCUUUGGGAUUAAAGGUCCACAUGCUGAAGGACCAGACAUUGAUGUCAGCAUCCCAACAGCUGAUAUUGAUGUUAAUGCGCCACACUUGGAUAUUAAAGGACUAGAUGUCGACAUUGAAAGUCCAAGUGGUAAAAUCAAAGGUUCCACAUUAAAAAAGCCAAGGAUUUCAGGGCCGAACAUCUCCAUGCCAGAUGUUGAUUUUAAGCUGAAAGGCCCCAAACUCAAAGGUGAUGUGGACAAGUCAAUGACAAAGAUAAAAGGAGUCAUAAAAACACCUGAAGUUGAAAUCAAUGCUCCAGCGGUUGAUAUUGAAGUGCCAAAGAGUGACUUUAAAAUGCCUAAAAUUGAACUUGAGGGACCAGAUGCUACAAUUGACGUGCCAGAAAUUGGCGGGAAGAAAAGUAAAUUUAAAAUGCCAAAGUUUGGAUUUAAGAGCCCUAAGAUAAAGACCCCGGAAACCAAUGUUGAAAUGGUAAAAGGGGAUAUCAACAUCAAAGGGAAAUCUGGUAGCUAUGAAGGUUUUGAUUCUAACCUUGGAUUGACUGGUCCGAAAACUAAAGGAUCCAAAUUCAAGAUGCCUAAAUUUGGUUUCAAAGGCCCCAAAAUUGAAAUGCCUGAGGUUGAUAUUAAUCUUCCCAAAGCUGGCAUUGAUAUUACAACUCCAAAUGUUGAAAGUGAAGGACCAGAUGUUAAAAUGAAGGGAACAAAACUGAAAAUGCCAACCAUCUCAGGAACAAACAUGGACAUGCCAGAUGUUGAUUUUAACCUGAAAGGCCCCAAAAUCAAAGGCAAUUUGGACAUGUCAAUGCCAAAGAUAAAAGGAGACAUACAAACACCUGAUGUUGACAUUAAAGGUCCAGCGGUUGAUGUUGAAGGGCCAAAAGGUGGCUUUGAAAUGCCGAAAAUCAAAAUGCCAUCAUUUGGCUUGAAAGGACCAAAAGUGGAGGGUCCAGACAUUAAUAUUAACCUUCCCAAAGCUGAAAUUGAUGUUAAUGCCCCUCACUUGGAUAUUAAAGGACCAGAUGUCGACAUUGAAAGUCCAAGUGGUAAAAUCAAAGGUCACAAAUUCAAAAUGCCAACCAUUUCAGGACCAAAUCUCUCGAUGCCAAAUGUUGAUUUUAACCUGAAAGGCCCCAAACUCAAAGGUGAUGUGGACAUGUCAAUGCCAAAGAUAAAAGGAGACAUAAAAACACCUGAAGUUGACAUCAAUUGUCCAGAUGUUGACAUUGAAGGGACAAAGAGUGGCUUUAAAAUGCCUAACAUCCACAUGCCAACAUGGAACAUCAAAGGUCCAAAGUUUGAAGGUCCAGAAGUUGAUAUAAACCUUCGUGAAGCGAACAUUGAUGUUAAAACACCGGAUGUUGACAUUAAAGGGCCCAACAUAAAGGGAGAUCUGGAUUUCUCCGUUCCAAAGAUUAAGGGUAACAUAAAAUCUCCCAAGAUGAAUAUUGAAGGACCAGAAGUUGACGUUGAUGGCGACAAAGGAAGAUUCAAAAUGCCUACAUUUAAAAUGCCAUCCUUUGGGUUGAAAGGUCCACAUGCUGAAGGACCAGACAUUGAUGUCAGCAUCCCAACAGCUGAUAUUGAUGUUAAUGCGCCACACUUGGAUAUUAAAGGACCAGAUGUCGACAUUGAAAGUCCAAGUGGUAAAAUCAAAGGUCACACAUUCAAAAUGCCAACCAUUUCAGGACCAAAUCUCUCCAUGCCAAAUGUUGAUUUUAACCUGAAAGGCCCCAAACUCAAAGGUGAUUUGGACAUGUCAAUGCCAAAGAUAAAAGGAGACAUACAAACACCUGAUGUUGACAUUAAAGGUCCAGCGGUUGAUGUUGAAGGGCCAAAAGGUGGCUUUGAAAUGCCGAAAAUCAAAAUGCCAUCGUUUGGCCUGAAAGGUCAAAAAGUGGAGGGUCCAGACAUUAAUAUUAACCUUCCCAAAGCUGAUAUUGAUGUUAAAGCGCCUGACUUGGACAUCAAAGGACCAGGUUUUGACAUUGAAAGUCCAAGUGGUAAAAUCAAAGGACAUACCUUCAAAAUGCCAACCAUUUCAGUGCCAAACAUCUCCAUGCCAAAUGUUGAUUUUAACCUGAAAGGCCCCAAACUCAAAGGCGAUGUGGACAUGUCAAUGCCAAAGAUAAAAGGAGACAUAAAAACACCUGAAGUUGACAUCAAAUGUCCAGAUGUUGACAUUGAAGGGACAAAGAGUGGCUUUAAAAUGCCUAACAUCAAAAUGCCAUCAUGGAACAUCAAAGGUCCAAAGUUUGAAGGUCCAGAAGUUGAUAUAAACCUUCCUGAAGCGAACAUUGAUGUUAAAACACCGGAUGUUGACAUUAAAGGACCCAACAUAGAGGGAGAUCUGGAUUUCUCCGUUCCAAAGAUUAAGGGUGACAUAAAAGCUCCCAAGAUGGAUAUUGAAGGACCAGAAGUUGACUUUGAUGGCGACAAAGGAAGAUUCAAAAUGCCUACAUUUAAAAUGCCAUCCUUUGGGUUGAAAGGUCCACAUGCGGAAGGACCAGACAUUGAUGUCAGCAUCCCAACAGCUGAUAUUGAUGUUAAUGCCCCUCACUUGGAUAUUAAAGGACCAGAUGUCGACAUUGAAAGUCCAAGUGGUAAAAUCAAAGGUCACAAAUUCAAAAUGCCAACCAUUUCAGGACCAAAUCUCUCAAUGCCAAAUGUUGAUUUCAACCUGAAAGGCCCCAAACUCAAAGGCGAUAUGGACAUGUCAAUGCCAAAGAUAAAAGGAGACAUAAAAACACCUGAUGUUGACAUUACAGGUCCAGCGGUUGAUGUUGAAGGGCCAAAAGGUGGCUUUGAAAUGCCGAAAAUCAAAAUGCCAUCAUUUGGCUUGAAAGGUCCAAAAGUGGAGGGUCCAGACAUUAAUAUUAACCUUCCCAAAGCUGAUAUUGAUGUUAAAGCGCCUGACUUGGACAUCGAAGGACCAGGUUUUGACAUGGAAAGUCCAAGUGGUAAAAUCAAAGGUCAUACCUUCAAAAUGCCAACCAUUUCAAUGCCAAACAUCUCCAUGCCAAAUGUUGAUUUUAACCUGAAAGGCCCCAAACUCAAAGGCGAUGUGGACAUGUCAAUGCCAAAGAUAAAAGGAGACAUAAAAACACCUGAAGUUGACAUCAAAUGUCCAGAUGUUGACAUUGAAGGGACAAAGAGUGGCUUUAAAAUGCCUAACAUCAAAAUGCCAUCAUGGAACAUCAAAGGUCCAAAGUUUGAAGGUCCAGAAGUUGAUAUAAACCUUCCUGAAGCGAACAUUGAUGUUAAAACACCGAAUGUUGACAUUAAAGGGCCCAACAUAGAGGGAGAUCUGGAUUUCUCCGUUCCAAAGAUUAAGGGUAACAUAAAAGCUCCCAAGAUGGAUAUUGAAGGACCAGAAGUUGACUUUGAUGGCGACAAAGGAAGAUUCAAAAUGCCUACAUUUAAAAUGCCAUCCUUUGGGAUGAAAGGUCCACAUGCUGAAGGACCAGACAUUGAUGUCAGCAUCCCAACAGCUGAUAUUGAUGUUAAUGCCCCUCACUUGGAUAUUAAAGGACCAGAUGUCGACUUUGAAAGUCCAAGUGGUAAAAUCAAAGGUCACAAAUUCAAAAUGCCAACCAUUUCAGGACCAAAUCUCUCAAUGCCAAAUGUUGAUUUUAACCUGAAAGGCUCCAAACUCAAAGGCGAUAUGGACAUGUCAAUGCCAAAGAUAAAAGGAGACAUAAAAACACCUGAUGUUGACAUUACAGGUCCAGCGGUUGAUGUUGAAGGGCCAAAAGGUGGCUUUGAAAUGCCGAAAAUCAAAAUGCCAUCAUUUGGCUUGAAAGGUCCAAAAGUGGAGGGUCCAGACAUUAAUAUUAACCUUCCCAAAGCUGAUAUUGAUGUUAAAGCGCCUGACUUGGACAUCGAAGGACCAGGUUUUGACAUUGAAAGUCCAAGUGGUAAAAUUAAAGGUCAUACCUUCAAAAUGCCAACCAUUUCAAUGCCAAACAUCUCCAUGCCAAAUGUUGAUUUUAACCUGAAAGGCCCCAAACUCAAAGGCGAUGUGGACAUGUCAAUGCCAAAGAUAAAAGGAGACAUAAAAACACCUGAACUUGACAUCAAAUGUCCAGAUGUUGACAUUGAAGGGACAAAGAGUGGCUUUAAAAUGCCUAACAUCAAAAUGCCAUCAUGGAACAUCAAAGGUCCAAAGUUUGAAGGUCCAGAAGUUGAUAUAAACCUUCCUGAAGCGAACAUUGAUGUUAAAACACCGAAUGUUGACAUUAAAGGGCCCAACAUAAAGGGAGAUCUGGAUUUCUCCGUUCCAAAGAUUAAGGGUGACAUAAAAGCUCCCAAGAUGGAUAUUGAAGGACCAGAAGUUGACUUUGAUGGCGACAAAGGAAGAUUCAAAAUGCCUACAUUUAAAAUGCCAUCCUUUGGGAUGAAAGGUCCACAUGCUGAAGGACCAGACAUUGAUGUCAGCAUCCCAACAGCUGAUAUUGAUGUUAAUGCCCCUCACUUGGAUAUUAAAGGACCAGAUGUCGACAUUGAAAGUCCAAGUGGUAAAAUCAAAGGUCACAAAUUCAAAAUGCCAACCAUUUCAGGACCAAAUCUCUCAAUGCCAAAUGUUGAUUUUAACCUGAAAGGCCCCAAACUCAAAGGCGAUAUGGACAUGUCAAUGCCAAAGAUAAAAGGAGACAUAAAAACACCUGAUGUUGACAUUACAGGUCCAGCGGUUGAUGUUGAAGGGCCAAAAGGUGGCUUUGAAAUGCCGAAAAUCAAAAUGCCAUCAUUUGGCUUGAAAGGUCCAAAAGUGGAGGGUCCAGACAUUAAUAUUAACCUUCCCAAAGCUGAUAUUGAUGUUAAAGCGCCUGACUUGGACAUCGAAGGACCAGGUUUUGACAUGGAAAGUCCAAGUGGUAAAAUCAAAGGUCAUACCUUCAAAAUGCCAACCAUUUCAAUGCCAAACAUCUCCAUGCCAAAUGUUGAUUUUAACCUGAAAGGCCCCAAACUCAAAGGCGAUGUGGACAUGUCAAUGCCAAAGAUAAAAGGAGACAUAAAAACACCUGAAGUUGACAUCAAAUGUCCAGAUGUUGACAUUGAAGGGACAAAGAGUGGCUUUAAAAUGCCUAACAUCAAAAUGCCAUCAUGGAACAUCAAAGGUCCAAAGUUUGAAGGUCCAGAAGUUGAUAUAAACCUUCCUGAAGCGAACAUUGAUGUUAAAACACCGAAUGUUGACAUUAAAGGGCCCAACAUAAAGGGAGAUCUGGAUUUCUCCGUUCCAAAGAUUAAGGGUAACAUAAAAGCUCCCAAGAUGGAUAUUGAAGGACCAGAAGUUGACUUUGAUGGCGACAAAGGAAGAUUCAAAAUGCCUACAUUUAAAAUGCCAUCCUUUGGGAUGAAAGGUCCACAUGCUGAAGGACCAGACAUUGAUGUCAGCAUCCCAAAAGCUGAUAUUGAUGUUAAUGCCCCUCACUUGGAUAUUAAAGGACCAGAUGUCGACAUUGAAAGUCCAAGUGGUAAAAUCAAAGGUCACACAUUCAAAAUGCCAACCAUUUCAGGACCAAAUCUCUCAAUGCCAGAUUUUGAUUUUAACCUGAAAGGCCCCAAACUCAAAGGUGAUUUGGACAUGUCGAUGCCAAAGAUAAAAGGAGACAUAAAAACACCUGAUGUUGACAUUACAGGUCCAACGGUUGAUGUUGAAGGGCCAAAAGGUGGCUUUGAAAUGCCGAAAAUCAAAAUGCCAUCGUUUGGCUUGAAAGGUCCAAAAGUGGAGGGUCCAGACAUUAAUAUUAACCUUCCCAAAGCUGAUAUUGAUGUUAAAGCGCCUGACUUAGAUAUCAAAGGACCAGGUUUAGACAUUGAAAGUCCAAGUGGUAAAAUCAAAGGUCAUACCUUCAAAAUGCCAACCAUUUCAGUUCCAAACCUCUCCAUGCCAAAUGUUGAUUUUAACCUGAAAGGCCCCAAACUCAAAGGCGAUGUGGACAUGUCAAUGCCAAAGAUAAAAGGAGACAUAAAAACACCUGAAGUUGACAUCAAAUGUCCAGAUGUUGACAUUGAAGGGACAAAGAGUGGCUUUAAAAUGCCUAACAUCAAAAUGCCAUCAUGGAACAUCAAAGGUCCAAAGUUUGAAGGUCCAGAAGUUGAUAUAAACCUUCCUGAAGCGAACAUUGAUGUUAAAACACCGAAUGUUGACAUUAAAGGGCCCAACAUAAAGGGAGAUCUGGAUUUCUCCGUUCCAAAGAUUAAGGGUAACAUAAAAGCUCCCAAGAUGGAUAUUGAAGGACCAGAAGUUGACUUUGAUGGCGACAAAGGAAGAUUCAAAAUGCCUACAUUUAAAAUGCCAUCCUUUGGGAUGAAAGGUCCACAUGCUGAAGGACCAGACAUUGAUGUCAGCAUCCCAAAAGCUGAUAUUGAUGUUAAUGCCCCUCACUUGGAUAUUAAAGGACCAGAUGUCGACAUUGAAAGUCCAAGUGGUAAAAUCAAAGGUCACACAUUCAAAAUGCCAACCAUUUCAGGACCAAAUCUCUCAAUGCCAGAUUUUGAUUUUAACCUGAAAGGCCCCAAACUCAAAGGUGAUUUGGACAUGUCGAUGCCAAAGAUAAAAGGAGACAUAAAAACACCUGAUGUUGACAUUACAGGUCCAACGGUUGAUGUUGAAGGGCCAAAAGGUGGCUUUGAAAUGCCGAAAAUCAAAAUGCCAUCGUUUGGCUUGAAAGGUCCAAAAGUGGAGGGUCCAGACAUUAAUAUUAACCUUCCCAAAGCUGAUAUUGAUGUUAAAGCGCCUGACUUAGAUAUCAAAGGACCAGGUUUAGACAUUGAAAGUCCAAGUGGUAAAAUCAAAGGUCAUACCUUCAAAAUGCCAACCAUUUCAGUUCCAAACCUCUCCAUGCCAAAUGUUGAUUUUAACCUGAAAGGCCCCAAACUCAAAGGCGAUGUGGACAUGUCAAUGCCAAAGAUAAAAGGAGACAUAAAAACACCUGAAGUUGACAUCAAAUGUCCAGAUGUUGACAUUGAAGGGACAAAGAGUGGCUUUAAAAUGCCUAACAUCCAAAUGCCAUCAUGGAACAUCAAAGGUCCAAAGUUUGAAGGUCCAGAAGUUGACAUAAACCUUCCUGAAGCGAACAUUGAUGUUAAAACACCGGAUAUUGACAUUAAAGGGCCCAAUAUAAAGGGAGAUCUGGAUUUCUCCGUUCCAAAGAUUAAGGGUAACAUAAAAUCUCCCAAGAUGGAUAUUGAAGGACCAGAAGUUGACUUUGAUGGCGACAAAGGAAGAUUCAAAAUGCCUACAUUUAAAAUGCCAUCCUUUGGGAUGAGAGGUCCACAUGCUGAAGGACCAGACAUUGAUGUCAGCAUCCCAACAGCUGAUAUUGAUGUUAAUGCACCACACUUGGAUAUUAAAGGACCAGAUGUCGACAUUGAAAGUCCAAGUGGUAAAAUCAAAGGUCACAAAUUCAAAAUGCCAACCAUUUCAGGACCAAAUCUCUCGAUGCCAGAUGUUGACUUUAACCUGAAAGGCCCCAAACUCAAAGGCGAUAUGGACAUGUCAAUGCCAAAGAUAAAAGGAGACAUAAAAACACCCGAAGUUGACAUCAAAUGUCCAGAUGUUGACAUUGAAGGGACAAAGAGUGGCUUUAAAAUGCCUCACAUUAAAAUGCCAUCAUGGAACAUCAAAGGUUCAAAGUGUGAAGGUCCAGAAGUUGAUAUAAACCUUCCUGAAGCGAACAUCGAUGUUAAAACACCGGAUGUUGACAUUAAAGGGCCCAACAUAAAGGGAGAUCUGGAUUUCUCCGUUCCAAAGAUUAAGGGUAACAUCAAAUCUCCCAAGAUUGAUAUUGUUGGACCAGAUGUUGAAAUUGAUGGCCACAAAGGAAGAUUUAAAAUGCCUAAAUUUAAAAUGCCAACCUUUGGAGGGAAAGGACCCAAUGUUGAAGGACCAGAAGUUGAUGUUGAUCUUAAUGCCCCUAACUUGGAUAUCAAAGGACCAGGUAUUGACAUUGAAAGUCCAAGUGGUAAAACCAAAGGUCACACAUUCAAAAUUCCAAGCUUUUCAGGGCCAAAAAUCUCCAUGCCAGAUGUGGAUUUUAACCUGAAAGGCCCCAAAAUCAAAGGCGAUGUAGACAUGUCAGUGCCAAAGAUAUCCGGAGGAAUAAAAACACCGGAGCUUGACAUCAAAGGUCCAGAGGUUGAUAUUGAAGGUCCAAAGGGUCAAUUUGAAAUGCCUAAAUUCAAAAUGCCAUCAUGGAACACCCAAGGUCCCAAACUUGACGCUCCUGAAGUUGAUAUAAAGGGAGAUUUGGAUGUAUCAGGUCGUAAGAUUGAGGGUAACAUAAGAGCCCCCAAGAUGGAUAUUGAAGGACCAGAUGUUGACUUUGAUGGCGUCAAAGGUGGAUUUAAAAGACCUACAUUUAAAAUGCCAUCCUUUGGGUUUAAAGGUCCAAAUAUUGAAGGACCAGAAGUAGAUGUCAGCAUCCCAAAAGCUGAUAUUAAUGUAAAUGCCCCUGAUUUGGAAAUAAAAGGACCAGAUUUUGACAUUCAAAGUCCAAGUGGUAAAGUCAAAGGUCACACAUUCACAAUGCCAAGCAUUUCAGGGCCGAACAUCUCCAUGCCUGAUUUUGAUUUUAAUAUGAAAGGCCCCAAACUCAAAGGCGAGGUUGACAUGUCAAUGCCAAAGAUAAAACGAGAUAUAAAAACACCUGAAGUUGACAUCAAAGCUCCAGCGGUUGAUAUUGAAGGGCCAAUGAGUGGCUUUAAAAUGCCUAACAUCAAAAUGCCAUCAUGGAACAUCAAAAGUCCCAAAUUUGACGGUCCAGAAGUUGAUAUAAACCUUCCUGAAGCGAACAUUGAUGUCAAAACACCUGAAGUUGACAUUAAAGGGCCCAACAUAAAGGGCAGAUCUGGAUUUCUCCGUUCCAAAGAUUAAGGGUAACAUAAAAUCUCCCAAGAUGGAUAUUGAAGGACCAGAAGUU